CUAAGCACUUCGAGAAAUUUCCAUUUUAUUCCUUAGUCUUUAAGGUUUCAUGAGAACAAGAGAGAAGUGGGUUCGUGUUUUUUCGUUUCAGUUUCAUAUUAACGGAGUGAGAAAUUAUGAAAAAUCUAGAUAAAGAAGAUGAAAAGUUCUCCAUUGCCAAAGACUGUGAAGUGGAAGUCUCUUGUGAAGAAGAAGGAUUCAUAGGUGCUUGGUACAGAGCUAUCCUGGAGGAAACUCCUACGAGAUCAGGACGCAAGAAGCUCAGAGUCCGUUACACCACGCUGCUCGAAGAAGACUGUUCAACUCCUUUCACCGAAACAGUGGAAGAGAGAUUCAUAAGGCCGGUUCCACCUGAGGAUCCGAGUGUGGUUCUUGAGGAAGGAUCGGUGGUGGACGCUGAUCACAACGAUGGAUGGUGGAAAGGUGUCAUCACAAAGAAGAUGGAAGAUGGUAAAUUCUUGGUUUACUUCGAUUCUCCACCAGACAUGAUCCAGUUCGAGAAAAAGCAACUGAGACCUCAUUUUGACUGGACCGGCUCUAAAUGGGUCCGAUCUCAAAACAAGGUGUCUGAAGAACAAUACAGCAAAGAAAAUAGUCAUAAAAGAAAAAUGAAAAGAAAGAAAACACACAACUUAAACCUUGAGAAGACUGAGGCUAUGAUCGCUGGUACAAGUGACGAUGAUUAUGAUCAAAACCUCUCUGCUUGGAUCCUUGGAGUAAAAUCAUCUAAUGGUUCUGAUAAAUCGAAGGCUAUGGUCGCUGGUACAAGUAACAAUAUAUUCGACGAUGAUUAUGAUCAGAGCCUCUCUGCUUGGAUUCUUGGAGUAAAAUCAUCUAAUAGUUCUGAUAAAUCGAAGUUAGCCCAUGAUGAAACUCGAGCAAGUGAAGAUACAACAAUGGUUCUGCCUUUUGCUAAACGCUCACCUAUUUGGAAAGCGCUUGAAUCAAUAGAGGUCUUUAAAACAGCAAAGCAGAGUCCUCAUUUCAUCCCGUUGCUCGAGACAAGAGAAGAGUUCCGUGAAGGGUUGGCUGUGGGUGAGAUGGUGAACUUUUCCAGUUUGUUAGAGAGAGUAAAAAAUCUGCAGCCUCACACUCCCAAAAACACACUUGAGGGACUCAAAGAGUGCUUUGCCGAGCUUGAUAAGUAUGGUUUUGAUGUUACAACGCCUAUAUCUCGGAUCAACAUGUUGUUCUCUCUCGCAAGAAAACAAGUGCGUGCAGAGGAUAGAGUAAAAGAUAAUGCAAAAAAGAUGAAAAAGGAAGUUCGCAAGAGGCAAAAACUUGAACAAGAUAUGAAAGCUGUUGAGUUCAAGAUUCUCGAGCUCCAGAGCCAACAGAAGAAGAAGGAUGCUUAAGAGAUACAGCUAAGCUCUUUCAUGUGAAGUUGAAGGUAGGAAAAAAAAAAAAAAAAAACUAUGAUGAGCACUAAAAGCUCUGUUUUGAAAAUGAAAGGUAGACUAGAUGUAAGUUAACAAAGACUUUUGGUUGUGGUAGAUAGAUGGCAAGGUUAGUUUAACUAAUCCUCCUAAUAUAAUUAGGAAAAAUCAUGUCACUUGUAGAUAUGAAGACUGCUUGUUUUGUGGUGUUUUGGUAAUUAGGAAAUGCUAAGGGUAAUUAAGUUUUUUGGUAAUCAGUCCUUGUUAGGUGGUUGAAUAGUGGUUUAAUAAGCUAUAUACUAUAGAAUUUAGCUGUGCAGCUGCUGAAAUUACAGGUUUUUGCUGAUGAAUUUCUUUAGCAAGUAAAAGUUUCAAACUAAAAACUCAGUAUUAUGAUCAUAAAUGAGUUUGAGUUUGAGUUUGAAGAUGGAGAAAAGAUAAGAUAACAGAUGUGCUAUCUGAAGAUAACAAAAAAAGAAUGGAAGCUAGACUCUGAGUGAGUUAGAAGUUAUUAUGGAAGCCUGAGACUCUGAGUAAAUUAGAAGAAGAGCUUCAAUUCGUGCAACUCAGUUGUUCAUUGAGCCAUACAACCGUGGUGAGUCUGUGACACAUAUUAAUGCGAACGGUCCUCUAUUGUCCACGCGUUACAUUUCAUCUAAUUCAACAUAUAAAAAAAUCGACCCAUAUUUCUUUAUUAUUGUUGAUAUUAAUGGUCGUCUGUAUUGAAGGUUGGAGAUAUUUAA